AUGGCCCCUCAAGACCGCAUCGCACAGGUGUCCUCCCACCUUAAUUACCCGCAGGGCAUGCUUGCUGGCAAAGUUGCCAUUAUCACUGGAGCUGGACAGGGUGUUGGCGCUGAAGCUGCUCGCUUGUUCGCCAACGAGGGCGCGAAGGUGGUUGUUGCGGAUCUCGAUGCCAAGAAAGCAGAGGCUGUUGCAAAAGCUAUCAAUGACGCCGCACCCGGACGAGCCAUUGCCGUAGUUGGCGAUGUGACGGAUGCAGCAUAUCUAAAGAGGGUGGUUGAGAAAGCUGCGCAGUUUGGAAAUGGAAAAAUCCAUAUCAUUAUUAAUAAUGCCGGCUAUACAUGGGAUGGCGUUAUCCAUAAGCUCUCAGAUAAGCAAUGGGAAGCCAUGCUAGCUGUCCACGCCACAGCUCCCUUCAAGCUUGUCCAAGCCGCAUCUCCAUAUUUCAGAGUUAAGGAUGGCGUAGACAGAGUUGUUGUAAACAUCAGCAGCACCAGCGGUAUCCACGGAAAUGCGGGCCAAGCAAACUACGCCGUCGGCAAAGCGGGGAUGGUCGGUCUUACUAAGACCAUUGCGAAGGAAUGGGGUCCUCAAUUCGGCGUGCGUGCCAACACCAUUGCAUUCGGCCUUGUUUUGACACGGUUGACUUCCGCCAAGGAGGCUGGCGCGUUCAUUACAACGCCUGACGGUGAGAAGGUCGCUCUGGGGAUUCCCUCUAAGCAGCUGGCUGCUAGAGCUGGGAACGACGAGGCGGAAAAGUACCCAGAUAUCCCUCUGAGAAGAGGGGCUACUCCUGCGGAGGCGGCGAGGUCGAUUUUGGCAGUUGCGAGCCCUUUGUUUAGCUAUGUCAAUGGCCAGACGAUUAUGGUUACAGGUGGAAGAAAUAUGUGA